UUACCCGCCGAAGUGUGGCAUGCCAUAUUUGGUAAUUGUCCUCCCAAAACUCUGGGCAGCUUACUUCUUGUCUGUCGGCUUUUCAAUGUGUAUCUGGACCCUUCAUCUACGAUACAAUGCGAAAGGCCCCUUCCUCUUUCUCGCAGCUCUUUACCAAUCCUGAAGCCCAAUGCUAUUUGGCAGGCUUCACGACGACGUUUCUGGCCUGGCAUGCCCAGCCCAUUGCAGGACAAGACAGAAUUAUAUAUGUGGCAGUUGUCUUUGCCCAGCUCUUGCCAACACUGCGGCGCCACGCCAGGUGCAUCUCAAGGGGCAGGAGGAGACCCCGACCCUUGGCAGUCCGGCCCUGGUCGAGACGGUGUUGCGAUUAUAUGGGCAUUUGCGACACGGUCUUGUGGUACCUGUCUUUUGAGCAAAUCGGUCAAGGAAAUUGACAUCCUGCUGUCUUCAUCUACACCCAGCACGCUCAUGGCGGCACUGCCAUUCAUGUUUGUUACUCAAGGACUGCAGGCUGUAACUCCUGCAGUUGUCGAGAAGGGCCAGCCACCAGGCAUUGGCCCAUUAACAAAGCUUUACUGGUCCAGUCAUGUGGAUGACUUGAAGCAGGAGUUCUUUAGUGUAAAGGCGAUGGGCCCUGCCACGGCUGAGGAAUGGCUCAAGGGCUUGAACGGCCGUGGCCUGGAACGGCGUAAUGAUGCCUUAAGAUGGGAAAAAUGGGCGUCAACCACCGAGGGCCUGGGCCUGAUGAGAUCGAUUUUGUAUCCUGGAAACCGGCCACCGGCAGUUGCUAGUCUUGGGAAUGCAAGAAGAGAAAGAGAAAAUGCUGCUCGGACCCAGAAAGAGUUGAGCGAGAAGCGGAAUUCGAGCGUCACGACAAAAGAAGCACGUGAGACGGACGAUGCUGAUUGGGACGAGGUACAAAGACCUGUUCGAGCUCGUAUUGCAGGAUUUGCCGACGAGAUCAUCCGAGAUGGCUGGGAGGACGGCGACAAAGUCAACACCGACACCUGCCCAAAAUUCGCGGUUGAGGUGCUUACAUAUAUUCGCAAGCGUUUCUACGCCGAGGUCGCCAAAGAUGCAGCUGUGGCACGUGCAGCUGGAAAAUCACCAAAGCUGACGCUUGAAAACAUGAAAUGGAUCUUUGAAAUGAAAGUAAAGCCUCACACUGAGCGAUACCGGAAAGAGAUCUUCCUCUGCAACGGCUGCGAGGUAACUGUGAGGUACUACGGCUUCGAGGGUGUCAUCCAGCAUUACGCUGCAAAACAUACUCAUGCUCUCAGCAUCGGCAACGUGGUCGUCCACUGGAGGGCAGAAUGGCCGGAGCACCCGCCCUUCACAUGGGAACGGAAGCCCGCAAAGACCAGCUUCUACCCAGGCCAACCACCUGGCACAAACGGCUACCAACCAUUAGGACCUCCACAACAAUACCAGUCCAUAGCGCACACAACCCAUCUCGAGGAAAUGGCGCGUAUGGCCCGGGAACUCUGGAAUGCGACAUCCAACAUGAAAGACACUCUUUCUAUUGUAAGGGUUCAGGUGGUUAUAUAUCAUCUGGCCAAACGAUUCCACGCAAAAUUCGCCUCUCCGCUCCCACUUUCGACCUUCAUUGAUGGCCUGUCGAACCACAAAGAUAUGAGACCUGUACGGAAUGUAAAUGGCUUGAUCUGUCGGGUCUGUCAUCAAGGGAUUGGUGGCUAUGUUGUUCCCGAGGAGGAACGCAAAUCAUGGUCGUUGCCUCAGUUGACCUCUCACUUCCAAUCCAGGCACGUGGAGCAUUUUAUGCAGUUGGGUCAAUACGGACAGCCACCAGAGUGGACUGUCGAGAUGGUAAUGCUUCCAGAGCCCGCAGCAGUCAGCAAUCUACGUGCAGCUAUCGGCACGGAUGGACUCAAGUACCAUCUGGUCAAUGAAGCUGUCCCUCAUCUGCUUGAAGCUUCAGGUGCGCCUCAAGCUGCUGCACCC